CUAAAGUGGGAUCCCUAUGAAUCGACAAUGAAACAUGAUUUUGUCUUUAAAUCUACAUCAGAGGCUGAAGCAGAUUGUGCCAGAGCAGGGACAGGACACAUCAUUCCCUUUCAAGUAGAUGAACCGACUGAAAAGAGCAUCUACAGAGAUCAGUUCUGCUGGAAGCCAUAUUCCAAGGCAGAGCCUAUAAGGAAUGGGUCCAAGACAAUAAGGGACAGGAACAAUCCUCAACCUGGACAGCGUUUCCUGAUAUGGCAACUGCCUCGAGAAGAAACACCAUUACCUACAGAUAGUUUUUCACCAUGGACAAAACCUGUUAGUAAACAAGAGUUGGAGGAGGUACUAAAGAAGCAGUACAAAACAGUAUACACAAGAGAUUAUUUAGGAAUACAACCAGGCGCUCCAAGGGAUGAUGUUACUCUCCCUCCAGACUGGAAAACAUUGCUCCCAAGACCUCCAGAUACUGAAUUCAGGCGCCAUUAUCAGCCACAAGUCCGUGCACCUGAAUUAAUGGACUUCUCUUGGAAAUAUGGGUGUAAUGCAAAACGUAAAAUUCCAGUCAAAGGUGCUGUGCCUUCAAUGACAAUUGCUCAGAUCUGGAAUCACGAACAUAGCAAACAUAUGUCCACCUAUCAAAGGGAUUUUGGAAAAGAUUAUCUGGAUAUCCUAACAGUUCUGAAUUCUGUAGAUCCAGAAGAAAUUAAAGAAUAUGUGGAAAGAGCUCCUAAACCAGAAAAAAUAAUCCUUCAGAACUUCCUUGAUAGGGUCAGUGGAGAAAAAAUAUUCCAAAGACCUUCCUCAUCAAAGAAGUCAGAAGAAAAUCCAAUCAAAUGCAUCUGAUACUUUACAGGAGAAAAUUCAUCAAUAUCACAGGGUGGCUGUUCAAUAUCCUUAUAAUCUGUCUUAAUAGUAAACAAUUUGAAGACUAUAUUUACUUUUCUUAUACUUGAGAGUUUCUUUAGAAAUCUUAAAAGACUGCAGUGGCACUACCAAUUCCCUAGCAUUGACGAUGUAAUAUGAAUUGAGAAGGUUUUCUGUUAUUACCUAAGAUGUGGCAUGCUUGAUAUAUUACAGAUCAAAUCCAUUACUCCAUUCCAGUUGCAUUGGAGAUUUGAUUUUCAACCUUGUUAUGAGAACAUUAUAUUAACUUGUCAAAACCUUUCCUUUAAUGUUGCUACAAUUCUGAGAAAUUUUUAAAUAAAGAGAUUCAACAGGUACAUAGAUACACAGAGAGAGAACAAAGCAUUUAUUUUUACUUAAUUUUCCUGACAUAAUGAUCAGAUAUUUUAAUUGGGACUCUGGCCUUACAGAUUUAAUAACUGGAUGAAUUUUAGUUGGUGAUUUAUUUAUUUAUUUAUUUUGCAACCUGAUGCCUUCCAAUUUUGUUGGGGUUGCAGCUCCCAGAAAACCCAGCCAAAAUACUGAUUCCAAAACAGCUGGAAAUCUCCAAAAGACAAAAUUAAACAAUUGCAAAGGCACAAUUAAACAAAUUUGCACAGGUAAAAGUAGGAGGUGUCAUCUUAAAAGAAGCAUCUCAGAGUGUGAAAAAGGCUGAAUGCCAUAAGAGUUUUGCCAUUGCAAAACUGUAACUAUUAGAAAGAAUACAUUUUUUCUUUAAACAUUUCUGUGGUUAAGCACGACAACCUUUGGUCAAUCAAAGGCUUCAUUUUAAUUAACCAAUCACCUAUUGUUGCACACCUUUUCAUUCUUCGAUGAACCGCUUUAUUUCUUUGAAGCCACAUUUUCACAUGUUGCUGGAUAAGGAUCUGUAUUUUCAUAUAUUAAUUAUGUUCACUGCUUUGUAAAUUAAUCUGUUCAGAAACAAAACAACCCAAAACAACCUUAUUAAAGAAUAUUUCUCUUGUAUGUUUAAGCUUUAUAGCUUUUAAUCAAUUACUCAGCUACACUGAAAUCCAUAAGUGUAUCCAAGACCAUGGAGUAAAGUAAGAUUGGGAAAUUAAGGCCCAAAAUCCUCUCCACACUUAUUUGGAAGUAAGCCUACUGAUUGUGCUAUUAGAAAUCUAGGAAUCUUGACAUUAUGAUAGUAUGUAUAAUAUUCCUGCUGUGCUUCAUAACAGCCUAAUCAAAACCUAUGCAAAUUAGGAGAACAUUUAUGAACAUUUUUGAUUUUUCAGAUACAACCGAGUAUGUGUAUGAGGGUAGAGAAGGAUAAAAAUAGAAAGCUCUCCUCAUCAGUGAAAUCAAUUAAAUACAAGUGCAAGGAAUUAAAUAUACGGAUAAAGCUAAUACAGCUGCUUUGCUGCAGUGCAAGUGGGACAUUACCCAGCUGCUUUAAUACCUCUAGGAAAGUUGUUUUGCAUGGCCCUGCAAGACGCUGCUAGGAAUCAGUUACCCAAUUAGCACAACCCUAGCUUAAUGUAGCCUGUCUGAUUUUGACAUUAGAUUGUGAGAACCAGAUGGGUUGAUUUGCUAAACUGUGGUUUAUGGUUUAGUGUUUUGUGUAGAUCCAGUUUGGCUUCCACAGUUAAGUCUAAAAAUCCUAGAUUAGAGUUAUGUGUGAACACAGCUAGUGGUGUCCGCAACAAACUGUCAAGGCAUCUAACAGAAGGACAUAAGUUGUGGCAUUUUGUGUGAUGCCAGCAAAAUGUCAAGACAUCUGAUACAAGUAUAUAAGUUGUGGCCUGUGUGUGAUGCCAUCAUGCACUUAUGUACUUGUGUCAAAUGUCUUGACAGUUUGUUGCAGACAUCACUGGCUGUGUUCACACACACCCUUACCCUCUACCCAUGCAGAGACCCAGGGACGUAGCAGCCAAAAACCUCCAGAGCUAUUUGGUCAGCAAAGAAGAUACCUGGAAGAUUCCUGAACUUGACUUACUCUGUAAUAAAUGUGUUCUGUAAAUUAAA